GUCAAACAGGCAGCUUGUACUGGUAGUUGGUCUACAUUAGGCUACAUUUCAAGAAAACACACACUGGUGUAAGGAAAUCACAAACAAUACCAUUGCUGAGCAACAGUCUUUAGAAAAUGGAUGGUGGUGGCUUUGAGGAUCUUGAACUUCGUGAAGCACAGAGAGAGUACCUGGACUUCUUGGAUGAUGAUCAAGACCAAGGAGUGUACCACGAGAAGGUGCGCAGCAUGAUAUCUGAGGGCCAAUGCAGACUUGUAGUCAACAUAAAUGACCUGCGGCGCAAGAAUGAGAAACGAGCCAGGGAGUUGCUGAAUAAUGGCUUCUCAGAGCUGGGAGCAUUCCAGCGUGCGCUGAAGGACCUGGUUUCCUCUGUAGAUGCCACGUUUUCCAAACAGUUCGAGGAGUUCCAUGUGGGUUUCCAAGGAAGCUUCGGCAACAAACAUGUGACCCCGCGCUCCCUCAGCGCUCGUUUCCUAGGCAGCCUUGUGUGUGUGGAAGGCAUUGUCACCAAGUGUUCUCUCGUCAGGCCGAAGAUUAUGCGCAGUGUCCACUACUGUCCCGCUACCAAGAAAACGUUAGAGAGGAAGUACACCGACCUCACUUCCCUUGACGCCUUCCCCUCCAGCUCCAUCUAUCCCACCAAGGAUGAAGAGAACAACCCUCUGGAGACGGAGUUUGGCCUGUGCCGCUACAAGGACCACCAGACGCUGACGGUGCAGGAGAUGCCGGAGAAGGCCCCGGCGGGGCAGCUGCCGCGCUCCGUGGACAUCAUCGCCAACGACGACCUGGUGGACAAGGUGAAGCCGGGCGACCGCGUGCAGCUGGUGGGGGUCUACCGCUGCCUGCCUGCCAAGCAGGGAGGCUUCACCUCCGGGACAUUCAGAACUAUUCUCCUGGUGAACAACAUAAAGCUGAUGAGUAAGGAGAUCGUUCCCACCUUCUCUGCAGAUGACGUCAGCAAAAUCAAGAAGUUCUGUAAAGUUCACUCCAAGGAUGUGUUUGAGCACCUGAGCCGGUCGCUGGCUCCCAGUAUCCAUGGCCAUGAGUACAUCAAGAAGGCCAUCCUCUGCCUGCUACUGGGCGGCAACGAGACCAACCUGGAGAACGGCACACGUAUCCGUGGAGACAUCAACAUCCUUCUCAUUGGUGAUCCGUCGGUUGCUAAGUCACAGCUUCUGCGUUAUGUGCUGUUCACCGCGCCGAGGGCGAUCCCCACCACUGGACGAGGGUCAUCCGGAGUGGGGUUGACCGCAGCUGUCACAACUGAUCAGGAGACCGGCGAGCGGCGUUUGGAGGCUGGCGCCAUGGUGCUGGCGGACCGAGGGGUGGUGUGCAUCGACGAGUUCGACAAGAUGUCUGACAUGGACCGCACAGCCAUCCACGAGGUGAUGGAGCAGGGCCGGGUGACCAUCGCCAAGGCCGGUAUCCAGGCACGGCUCAACGCUCGCUGCAGCGUAUUGGCUGCAGCCAACCCAGUCUAUGGCAGGUAUGACCAGUACAAAACUCCUAUGGAGAACAUUGGUCUGCAGGACUCUCUGCUCUCUCGAUUCGACCUGCUGUUCAUCGUGCUGGAUCAGAUGGACCCGGACAGCGAUCGGCAGAUCUCGGAGCACGUACUCCGGAUGCACCGUUACCGCACACCUGGAGAGCCCGAGGGAACAGCGAUGCCCCUGGGAAGCACAGUGGACGUUUUUGCCACCGAAGAUCCCAACAUCACCGAGACAGCGGAACAGGAAUUGCAGAUCUAUGAGAAAAAGGACAACCUGCUCCACGGCCACCGCAAAAAACGGGAGAAGAUCGUCACCAUGGAGUUCAUCCGCAAGUACAUCCACGUAGCCAAGAUGGUGAAGCCGGUGCUGACGCAGGAGGCCUCUGACUACAUAGCGGAGGAGUACUCCAAACUACGCAGCCACGACCAGGUCAACCAGGAGUCUGCACGGACGAUGCCUGUGACUGCGCGAGCACUUGAGACGAUGAUCCGGUUGGCCACAGCCCACGCUAAGGCUCGCAUGAGCAAAGCCAUCGAACUGAGCGACGCAGAGGCGGCCCUGGAGCUUAUGCAGUUUGCCUACUUUAAGAAGGUCUUGGAGAAGACAAAGAAGCAUCAUCAGGAUGAGGAAAUGGACGUUGAUGCAUCUCAAGAGACGCAGGAGACCCAGAGCCAAAGGAGUACAAGGAAGAGAGGACGGGGUGGUAAAGAUGAUUUGGACAGCACUGAAGCAGGAGAUGAAACGGACCCUUAUGACUUUUCUCAAGAUGAAAUGACCCAGGCUAGUCAGAGGUCUCAGCCCCCAUCUCAACCAUCAUCUCAGAAGACAAAGACUCCUGUUAGUCAGGACAGACUAAAGUUGUUCAAGGCGGCUCUGCUGAAGGCCUUCAAGUCGACGCGGUCGCAGUCCAUCGCCGUGUCUGAGCUGCUGACGCAUGUGAACCAGGGCCAGAGCGACGACGCCUUCCAGCCGCGGGAGAUUCAGCAGCUACUGGACCGCAUGCAGGACGACAACCAGGUCAUGGUGUCGGAGGACGUGGUCUUUCUAAUCUAGAGGAUCGCUGAGGACGUGGACGUGGACUUUCUAAUCUAGAGGAUCGCUGAGGAUGUGGACGUGGACUUUCUAAUCUAGAGGAUCGCUGAGGACGUGGACGUGGACUUUCUAAUCUAGAGGAUCGCUGAGGACGUGGACGUGGUCUUUCUAAUCUAGAGGAUCGCUGAGGACGUGGACAUGGUCUUCUAAUCUAGAGGAUCGCUGAGGACGUGGACAUGGUCUUUCUAAUCUAGAGGAUUACGGAGAAUUUACUAUGAAUUUAAGCCUUGAGAACUGAAGAAAAGACCCUUGAAUGGCAAACUCAGUUUGUUUGUGUAUGCCUGUCCAGGAAAUAAUAUAUUGCAUCUUUGCUGUGGUGUCUGAGGACGUUGUCUGAUCUGAGCACCAUAUGGGAUGUUGUUGUGAAUUGAAUGUACACGUCUACAGGACUCAAGAAAAAAAGCACUUCGAAGAAAGAAAGAAAAGGCAAAUAUGUCCAAUAAAUUCUAUUUUGCAUCUGA